GGCAACUAUAUUUAUAUCUCCCCAACUCUUCAUUUACCCUACAAUAAUAUUCCUCUUUAUUUUUGUUACAUAAGCGAGCUCUGCAAUUUGAAUAACUGUCUGCGAUCGAUCUCCGAUCCAAUGGGUGGGUUUGCGAUAUCAGAGAAAAUGCAACUGCAUUUGGCCAUGUUGGCGUUGCAGUUUGGUUAUGCUGGUUUCCAUGUCGUCUCCAGAGCUGCACUUAACAUGGGCAUCAGCAAAAUUGUUUUCCCCGUUUACAGGAACAUUCUUGCUUUGCUUCUCCUUCUUCCCUUUGCCUAUUUUCUUGAAAAGAAAGAGAGGCCACCUCUUACUUGGUCCUACACGCUUCAGUUUUUCCUGCUAGCAGUUAUUGGAAUUACUGCAAACCAAGGAUUCUACUUGUUGGGCUUGGAUCACACUUCCCCUACUUUUGCUUCUGCCAUACAAAAUUCUGUCCCUGCUAUCACAUUUCUCAUGGCUGUAAUGCUCAGGAUAGAAACAGUGAGAUUUAACAGGAAAGAUGGAAUAGCAAAAGUGUGCGGAACAUUGUUGUGCGUGGCAGGAGCAUCAGUAAUUACACUAUACAAAGGACCAACCAUUUACAGCCCAAUUCCACCAUUACAAAGGACCUCCACACCUGUAUUGUUAUUAGGAGAUGCUAAAGGAAAGAACUGGACACUGGGCUGUAUUUUCUUAAUAGGGCACUGCUUGUCGUGGGCAGCGUGGCUAGUGUUGCAGGCACCAAUUCUUAAAAAGUACCCUGCUAGGCUAUCAGUCACAUCUUACCAGUGUUUCUUUGGAGUUAUACAGUUCCUUAUUAUUGCUGCUUUUUGUGAGAGAGACCCUCAGGCCUGGCUUGUUCACUCUGCUGCUGAGCUCUUCAGUGUCUUCUAUGCGGGAGUAGUGGCAUCUGGGAUAGCAUUUGCUGUACAGAUAUGGUGUAUUGACAGAGGGGGCCCAGUCUUCGUUGCUGUAUACCAACCUGUUCAGACUCUUGUUGUUGCCAUUAUGGCUUCCGUUGCUCUUGGCGAGGAGUUUUACUUGGGAGGGAUCAUUGGAGCGGUGUUGAUCAUAGCAGGGUUGUACUUCGUCCUAUGGGGUAAAAAUGAAGAAUCCAAGUUUGCCAAAGCAGCAGUUGUAAUCCAGUCCCCAGCAGAUCAUAUUAACAACACUAGUACUAGGACAGCCAGCCACAUCAGCUCCUCUUUGGCUCAGCCACUGCUUGCUCACUCAACUGAUCAAACUGCAGCUUGACCAGCAAAAACCUACUAGUAACUCUAAACGACAAGAGUUUUCUGGAUACCAGAAAAAGAAAAGUUUUCAGAAAAAAGCAAAAAAGGCUUUUGGUGUGUUUAUGAAAGUUCUUUUUCUUUUCCAUUUAGGUCCUUAUCCUUUUUUUCUUUUUUCUUUUUUGCCUUCCUUUUUAGUUGCUUUACUUUCACUUGGGGAGAGUGGCUUAAAGCCAGGGAUGAGAGGGAUGGUGGAGGGAUAAAACAAAAGAGAAGAAAAACAGGGUGUGAUGAUUGCUGUAUUAUUUUUGAUGUGGGGGUCUCUGCAUGCAAAUCCCAAAGUUGGUUUUCUUAUUGCAAUGCUAUGGAUGAAAUGAAAUAGAAUACAAUUCUUCUUCUUUAUUUUAAUUGAUUUUUGGA